AUGAACUCACGUAAAACUUCGAUAUCUCAGUUAAUGAACGAUAGUUCUGCUGCUACUUCUUCCUCGGACCAUCACCUCUCUUCAAAUUCUGGUCAUAGUCUGAGAAAUUUACUUUCUGAUGACGGCCCUGCCCAACAACACGCGUCUCUUCAACAACAACAAUACCACCCCAGUGCAAACAAUAACAGUGGUUUAAGUAAUGGUGUUUAUGGCGCUUAUUCGAGCGAACAAGAAAGAAAUUAUUAUUCCCAUGUCCAGCAGCAGCAGCAACCUCAACCUGUUCACAAUCAACCUCUCCCUUCGCUUGAACAAAACAAUCGUCCAUCAUUUAUAAAUAAUGAUGUUUCUGCCGAUGCGGAUGAAGCUAGUAAAUCUUUAAUUCUUUUAUCACAACUUCCUCCUCAUUACGGUCUAUCAAGAGAUCAUUACUCUUCUAAAGAUAAUGGUCAACAGAUAUCUGAUGUCGAAUUGGCCGCUACUGCUAUUUCUUCUUUAUCGCAUUCCUCUGAUGAUACAAAAUCAAUUCAUCCUCAAAUAAAUCAAAAAGCUAAACCAAAAAAUUCUAUGGCUAUCUCUUCGUUAAUAUCAGGCGAUGAAUCAACUUCUUCGGAUCCUGCUCAAUCUAUGCAAACCGUUCCUACAUCAACAGAUACAAUGCCAAGAUAUUACCAACAUCCUCAUGAUCCAUAUCCUGAUGAAACAAGAAAUGGUGAUAUACCUUCUCAUCAUCAUCCUAAUCACCAAUAUCAGACUCAAAAUCAACAAAAUAUUGAGUACACUUCUUAUCAUGCAAAUAAUAAUGGUACUUCCAAGAAGUCAAAUAAACGUCCUUUGAAUGGUUCACCGCAUUUACCCAUAAAUACAAAAGUUUAUUCAUCAAAAAAGAGCCCGCAGAAACGAAGACCAUCUGAUCCGAACGAAACUUCUCAAAGACCAAAAAUACAUCAUCGUUCUCCCGAUCAAAUGCCCUAUCCACCCAGCGGUCAAAAGUAUUCCGAGUUACGUGAACAUCCAACCGAAGAUCAAAAACCGUCGAUUUAUUUGCCUCAACAAGUGGGUCCAACUAAUUCGGCAGAUUGGGAACAUCAAAUGCCACCACAACAAUUUCAUCAAUCAAGAUCUUUGCAUAAUGGUCCACCGGCUGAUCAUUCUGUUCGUUUUCAACAAAAGAAUUGUGGAUCACCACCAAUGCCUGGUGAUAAAUCAAUAAACAUAAAGAAUCAUUUCAUAAUCCCUCAAAAUGAAAGGCCUUUGAAAAAACCUUCUCCACCUCCAAUUAAUGCUCCAAAUGGUUAUGUUCCUGGUGUUGGUGUAGGUGGUAUGGUUGGCAAUCCGCCUAUUACUCAAUCAAUACCUCAACAAAAUGGUCAAAUGCGCCCACAAACUUCAAUUCCUUCAAAUAAUGCUAAUUUUUGUAGAAUGUAUAAUGAGAUGCAGAAGCAUAAUAUUAAAAAAAAACGGAAUGCUAUGCAUGCUUAUAUUUCGUAUAUGAUUUACACAACGUCGCUUCAAGAUAACGGCAACGAUAGGAAAGACUACAUUUCACCUCCAAACAAUAUGAUACCUCCUAAUCGCCCUUCAAUAUUGUCUGAUAAUUCUCCGCCAAUGAAUAAUGAAAAUGGACUUGUAAAUCCAUCAAUGAUUCAUCAUCAUCAUACAAUGAAUGGAACUGGUAUGCACCCUCCCCGUGUGGAUCAUCCAGGGUAUCCUCCAUUGCAACCAUUGCAACCGAAUAAUCCUGGAUAUAUACACCCUGAGGCGAAUCCUUCAAGCGUGCCACCUCGUCGUGUUUCGGAUUCUACAAUGUAUUCACAACCAAGUCCUUCGGCUCGUGGUUACCCUCCCCAUGGGCCUCCAGUACAGGAACCUCAACCACCGCAUACUUCACAUCGACCAAUUGGUUCUCAUCGUACUUCUCCUAGUUUAUUACCUAAUAAUCAUAUUCAACAACAGAGUCAUUCUAUUAGGCAUAAUCAAUCUAUGCCAAAUAUUCAUCCUGAUCCUCAGCAUCGAACUCCACCGUCUCCUUUAUCUCGUUCAGGGAGUGGACCUCCUUCUCAUUUAUAUAAUGGCAAAUCUUCUCCCGUACCACCCCCACUAAUACCGCCGCAGUCCCCAGCGAUGAAUCAUUAUCAUAGUUCUCAACAAGGUUUAGUUUCGCAGCAGAAUGGGUCUCGCUUACCACCAGUAGGAUCUCAUCAUCAUAAUUCGCAACCCCCCGAACUUGUUGGUCCAUCAAAUAGUGAAAUUCUAAGGCAACCUUUAACAAGCUUUUUAAGAGAUCAACCUACAGGAUAUGGUAGUGCACAUCCUCAUAAUAUACAACCAAAUGGUGUGGGCCCCGUUGGUCCUCCAUCACAUGUAGGCCCUCCAUUAAGUAGUGGUCAAAGAAGUGGUCCUAACGGUUAUUACUGA